AUGACAUCGAACAUUGAUCUUCGGGAAUUUCCGUCCAACCUCCUGCAUCUUUCCAAACGAGUCUUCGCUAGCAUCACAGGAACCCAAUCUCCAGUCAAGCAAACAUUCCUACUCAGUCCUACCCCCUCGGAAGAAAGCUUCCGCCCAGAUUCUCCCAUACUUCAACCUUUUUACUGUAGAGGUGCCUUGGCAACUGUCAAUACAUCAGAUACCUCAGUAAAUUCACUAUCCACUUCAACAGGUAGUACUCCAGAAAAUGACCGAGGAACUUGGCGAUCUGCAGAUGCAAGGAUGAGCGAUAUUCUACCAGACGAUUUCGAUCUCUAUGCCGAGCCCGAGUCACAUACACAAUGGGAAAGUACCCAGACACAUGGUAGACAGCAUCAGUCCGUAACUGAUCAAGAGCCAAUUUUUGGGCCAGAAGUUAAAACUAGGUUGCAAACUAUCCACGACGACGAUUUCCCAUAUUAUCCUUUACCCUCGCAGGAUUUGCUACCCAUAGCCCCUGUGCAUGAGGAAGCAAAGACAGAUCUGAAUGAUGAUGCACGACCAUUGGUAAGGAGGGGAGUAAGGGCAAUGGGACUGAAGAAGUACUUAAAAUGCGUGGUUAGGCAUUAUGGGAUUAAGAAGGCGUAA